GCCACAGCCACAUCAGCCCAUUUCAAGCCACUCGACUCGGCGUGAGUCUGUUUACCCAAGCGAUGGCGGAAGCUCCUGUGCUGGACUCGACUGCCAAGGCGGCGGCGCCUGCGCCCCCGCUGCCACCUGACCCCGUGCCCGGGGUGCCCCUGGCGCCGCCGCUCGGGGCGCCGGCGCCGCCGCUCGGGGCGCCGGCGCCGCCCCCGGCGCCCACCAUAGCUGGGGUCCCGGCGCCACAGGCGGACCCCAACCACAUCGAUCCCGCCUGGGAGGUGCCCACUUCCGACGAGACGGCCUUGCCGCGGGAGGAUGACGGGGAGAGCUGGCUGGAGCUCCUGCGAGACGGCUACUUUCGCCAGAUCCGGGAGGAGAACGAGUACAAGCAGCCUCCUCCAUUCCCCCGAGCUAUGCAUUUCGCCGCCGUCCCCGGGCAUCCGUUGCCGGAGAACAAGUAUCCUCGGCAGGCCCUGGACUUGCAGCGCUCGAUGUUGGCGAAGUUUAGGCCGGAUCCUGUGAACCCGGGCAAGGGCAAGCACAAGGGCGGCUUCUCGGGUAUGGACAUGAUGUACGGCUGGGGCGAUGGGUGGAGCGACUGGGACUGGGGCUGGGGCAUGGGCUGGGGCAUGAAAGGCGGCUUCAAGGGAAAGGGUGGUAUGGGAAAGAAAGGCAUGCCGUACUGAGCAGCAUGCACUA